AUGAACCUCCGCGCCUUCCUCCUCGCCGCAGUUGUUUCGCUUGCCACGACCAGCGCUGGUAGCUCUAUCAGCCGCAUCAACCACGACCAGGUGCAGCCGAUGGCCCAGCCCACGCCCGUCACGGACGCCCAGAAGCUCGCUGUCAAGUACAAGCCGCAGCUCCGCGUCUCGUACGGAUGCCACCCGUACCCCGCCGUCCAGGCCAACGGCUCCGUCAGCGGCGGCCUGGAAUGGUCUGGCCCCGCUGAUGGCGACUGCGAGGGCUCUAGCCUCGGCUCGCAGGUGUACGCUCGCUCGGACUGGUUCAAGGACAAGUGGGCUACGAUGUACACUUGGUACUUCCCCAAGGGCCGACAGGACGUGUGGGGCCACCGCCACUUCUGGGAGUACGCCAUCAUCUGGACGGACUCGCCUUCGCCCGACAACUCGACGUUCCUCGGCAUCUCCAUGUCCGCCGGUGUCGGUCACGGAAAGCAGACGCCCGUGCUGCUCAAGUACAUGAACGGCAACAGCGUCAAGCUCGAGUCGCACUACAGCGUGCUGGGCAACAAGGCCGCUCUCCAGCUCACGAAGGACUCGGGCGACUUCCAGGACCUCAUCACGUGGGGACAGCUGCCCGUGCCGGCCCGUGACGCGCUCAACGGCGACGCGUUCGACGUCACCUACUUUUUCAACAAGUUCGAGAUGCCCCUCAAGGACCGCGUCUUCAUGAGCGUCCUCAACAAGGCCUACCCGUGGUAA